GCAGUGCUUCCUACAUUUCCCAAGAACACUGUGCUGUAAUGCUGCGUGAUGACGUUUCAUACGCCCAUUGGCUGCGUGCAGUUUGCAAUCAAACCAGCGCGAGAAACCAUGGAAACGAACGGAGCCAGAGCAGGGAGCACAGACUGAAAGAGGAGGGAGUUAGCUAGCUAGUAAAGUAAAGUCAAAAGUCAAGAUUAGCUAAACUAAAUGCGGCGGUGGUUGGGACAGACUUCUGCGGGCGAGAAGAGGAACGACGCAAGGGAUGAUGAUAUCGACAGAGAAACAAAGAAAAGAAAAUUUAAUGCCAAAUGGGUGACGGGUCGUGAAUGGCUUGUGUUUGAUCAUGAAAAUGUUGUCAUGUUUUGUCAGGAUUGCCGCACGUACGCAAAAGAAAAAAACAAAAUGAACAAUUUUGUGGUAGGAACUAAAAAUUUUAAAGUCGAGGCAGUAAAGGACCAUGAGAGUGCCCGAAGUCAUCAGGAGAGCCUGAGGAUUAAAACGGCCAAGACAGGUCGUAUUGAAGAGAGCCUUGCUGGGAGAAGUCUCACUUUAAUGAAGACGUCUGAGUUGGAGAAGAUGCAGCUACUUUUUCGAAAUGCCCACGCCAUCGGAAAAAAGGGCCGGCCUUUUACCGACUUCGCAUGGAUGUGUGAUGUGGACAGGAAGAAAGGCUUGAAGAUAGGAGAGACAUACACAAACGACUAUCAGGCAAAAGAGUUCAUACACUACAUAGCAGAGGAUGAGAGAAGAAAGAUGAGGGCAAGAUUAUCAGAUGGCAAGUUCAUCUCGGUCAUGUCAGAUGGAUCCCUCGACAGUGCAGUGAUGGAAGAAGAAAUGGUCUACGUCAGGAGUGCCAGUGAGGGGAAGGUCAAAGUUGAUUUUGUCGGGGUAAAGGCUGUCUCAAAGCCAGAUGCUACAAAUAUAGCUGAAGCAGUGUGCAGUAUAAUGGAAAGUGGAGUCAGCACUGAUUGGAAGAACAAGCUAGUGGCAAUCACCACAGAUGGAGCAUCUGUAAUGACAGGAGUAAACAAUGGUGUCGUUGCAAAACUGCGUGCAGACAGACCAAAUGUGCUGGGGAUCCACUGCAUGGCCCAUAAGCUAGAGCUUGCCUCUCAGAUGGAAUAA